AGAUAAAUACUGUUUAUUCUUGUAGUAAUCGUUUCCUCCUGACCCUCCCUUGAUACCUUAAACAGAUUUGGAAAGAAGAAAGAAGACAAAAGUGGGAAAGUGGAUCAGAAGGGGAAUCCAAAGCACAGCGUACUUAAAGAGGAGGAAGUGGAGAAAAUGAAAGACGAACGUGAAAGGAUUGGUGCCAAGCAUCAGGAGCUACGGCAAAAGCAAGUGAGAGGCCUGGUUGAUUACUCUACUGGUCCUGGAGGACCUGACAUUGAUGAUGAUGAGGUGGAUCCAAAUUAUGCCAGAGUAAAUCACUUCCGAGAGGCUUAUCCAGCAGCAAGCAUCUACAGGCCGUCAUCACCAGCGGUAGCAGAAACCUUCGUAUACCCACGUGAUGCUCCUUCAACGCCAAUGGAGAGGGAGCACUUGGAAGGAUUAUAUGCAAAAAUAAACAAGCAGCACUAUCCACAGACUCCUGGUGACAGUAUCCAGCCAGCCUUCGCAGUUCGUCCUCCUCGGCAGGGUCCCAGCUUGAACUGAGGCUCUCGCGCAGUGCCGGCUGCAGA